AUGGAAACAGAGGACGACGACUAUGGCGGAAUUACGACUUCAGCUCUGAACGGGGGUACAGAGGAGGAGAUCUCAUACCGUCAGCGAAUCCUGGAGGAGAUAGCGCUCAGGUUACGGGAACUCAGGCCCACAAGACUGGAAGGGAUAGCCGAGGAAUCUGCCGAAGACGUGGCAGACGAAGAAGAAGACGAACUGAAGAAAGAAAACGAGGAAAUCCCACAGGAAAUUCGAGUCGAAGACGGGUCUGUAGAAGACGAAACAGAGCCGCAGAAGGACGAGGCUACUGCCACGACUUCGGUCUCAGGAGAGGACGACAUUGAGAAGUGUAUCGUGGAAGGUCUGCCCAAGGCCGCAGAGGUAGUGACUGUGUCGGAGGAGACUAAAGACCAUCCAAAACCGCAUCCAGAGGAGGGAGGUACCACCAGCCAACAGGUAAACUUCCAGGAAAAUGAAGCGUAUUUGUUGAAACCUUAG